GCAGAUCUUCGCUGCCGAGUCAACAUCUUUGAGCGUCGGCAGCUUCCGAGGCCAGAUAGGAAACUAUGUGAAAGAAUCUUCUGAUGUCAUAAUUUCUGGGUGUCACUAGAACAUUUGGUCAUCAUCCCUUGGCAAUUCCCUUCUAUGGACGGUCAGUAGAAGCGAUUGAUUUAUUCACCUCUACAGGAAUCAGACUUGGCUUAUUUUGAUUUUCAGUGAAUUAUGCCUUUUCGGUUUGGGACCCAGCCAAGGAGCUUUCCACUGGAAGGAGGAGAUUCUUCAGUUGGGCUGGAAUUGGGGCUGAGCUCCAGUGCUGCCUGUAACGGGAAAGAGAUAUCACCAACCAGGCAACUUCGAAGAUGCCCUGGAAGUCAUUGCCUGACAAUAACCGAUGUUCCCAUCACUGUCUAUGCAACAAUGAGAAAGCCACCUGCACAAAGCAGCAAGGAAAUGCAUCCUAAAUAGCAUCAUGAAGUCUUUUGUAGAGGGUUGACUAGGUCAGGGGUAAUGGAACAGGAUCAUCUUAUAAUCUGGUAAACAAAUAAAGUGGUGGCA